AAGGAGGUGACGACAUAUUCCUGAGACAGGCGCUGGAAUUAAACAGGACAUGACUUUGUCAAGUAUAUUCUCAGCUUGAUUUUCGUUUUACGUUAUACUUUGAUGAACCUACGAACUGCCUCGACCCCGAAAUGUCCGUGCUCAGAGCCAUCAGACGCAACCCUCGAAUGCUGUGUAGAAAUAUAAUCGCGCGCUCUUCGUCCGGUCUGACCGACGGAGAGACGCGAAUCACGCAAGUGUUAAAGGAGAAGUUUCCUCACGCUUCGUCGCUCAAGGUUGUGGAUAUAUCAGGAGGCUGCGGCGCGAUGUACGAAAUACACAUCGAGUCUGAUGAGUUCAGCGGAAAGAGAGUAGUACAGCAGCACCAGUUAGUCAAUCAGGCUCUCAAAGACGAGAUUAAGGCCAUGCACGGUCUACGCAUAUUCACUGAUGUACCUAGAAAGUAGGAAGUGCUCAGCGUCGUUCUCACCUGAUGUCUCUCUUUAUAAAGUAAAUUAUGCAGUUAUAACAGCGGCAGAGGAGUUACAGAUGUUAUGAAUAAACAGUGUACAGUUAUAAAAAUAUAGGUAUGAUUCACAAAUGCUGUAAUACGCACAAAAUAAAAGUCAUGUUUUUUUUUUGCCUUUUAAAUUAGAAUGUGUUCAGUAGUUUAUUAAUCCCGCUGUUUGUGUACAGUCACACUUGAACUAGCUUCGUCGGUCUGAUUUAUUUUCUGUUCUGUUAUUAGGUCUGUUUAUCCAUUAAAUUACAUCACAUCCUU